AGGUUUUCUUCAAAUUUUCCAGCCUGUGAGACGGAAGGUGAAUUCCAAGCCAUCUGUGCUGAGAGCAUCCUGGAUAUGGUGGCUUCAGAAUCUUGGACGGCUGGGAAGCUGUUCAUUCAAAAACCUCCAUGUGAAAUGUUUCUUGUCUGUGGAGUAAAAGCUACAGUAGGGCCACUUUCCAAAAACAAUCAGAAACUGACUUAAUAACAAUGUCUCCCCCUAAAAGCAAGUUUUUGCAGCCCCUUGUGUGAAAGCUUAUGAGUAAAGCCUUGAACCCAAGAAUCUUUAGCCUUUAAGCAACCUUUCCUCCAAGCAAUUCUGCAAUUGUCUCUUCCUACCACUGGGGAAAAAAAUAAAGCUCAUAUCCCUAUCUUCCAUCAAUGAUCCUGUCUGAGCCGAACUCCUUUCUGAUAUAUCAUCCCUGCAGUAAUGGCAGUAACACACGCCGAUCUUGCCCCAAGCCGUUCGAGCACAGAACUUGGCAGCAAAGCCGGCACUGUCCUCCUAAUCAUAUGCAUCCUCUGUGGCCUUUUCUGCUUCAUUCUCUGCCUGAUCGCUGAAGCCACUCGCUCCAUGGUGACAUGGAACAGUACUGGUGAAGGCAAGCACCCAACAAAAGAAUGCAUAUACAGUGGGAGUGGGAAAACGCCAUUGUUGUGUGCAGGCAGUGCCUUUCUUGGCCUGGCAGUAGUCAUGGUGGUGGAGCACACCUACAUGUUGGUUGCAGUCAGUAAAUCAACUCCUCCAGUUCUUAUCACCUGGGACCCCGACUCUAGCUCUGCCAAGGCCCUCACAUGGCAGGCUGGCUUCUUCUUCAUCUCAACAUGGAUUUUCUUUGCUGUUGGAGAGAUAUUGUUGCUGAUAGGGGUGAGUGUGGAAUCAGGUCAUCUCAAAAACUGGUCUACCCCAAGACCCAGUUGCCUAACCAUUCCACAAGGCUUGUUCUCUGCUGCUGGGGUUUUUGGGUUGGCCACAACUUUCCUAGCAACAGGUUUAUACUUGACAGCAUUGAAGGCACAUAGGCUGUGCCAUGAGCAGGAAACCGUGAGAAGGCAGGUGCUGGAUAUCUCAGUUCUCUUUGCUUCUCCACCAAUGUCACCCAGGCAUAGAAUAAUCACAGCCAUGAAUACAGAGAAUCCCACUGCUAGGCAAAAUCACAGUGGGCAGCCACCAUCCCAAUUCUCUUCAGUUUUCACCAAGCAUUCCAUUGAUCAAGUCUAAAGCAAGCAAAGUGGGGUCCAUUUUAGGCAAAGAAAAUGGAGAAACUGUGUAUACAUGUAAUACUGAUAAAGUACAUCUGAUUGAUUUGUUCAUUUAAUUUUUUCGUACAUA